AUGUGCAUGCUUAUGAGGCCAUUGACGGGUAAAAAUCACAAUGAUGAACCGGACCCGUUGCGCGAGUCUAUGUAUAAGACGGUCAAGCGACUAUUCUGGGAGCCGGCUACUAUUGAGGAAGCUACGACAACCAUCAUCAAAGCAGGUCUAUUCCUUUCUAUAUAUGAGUAUGGACAUGCAAUGCUCAACUCUUCGUUCCUGACUAUGACUGUAUGUUCAAGCAUGGCUCAAAUUAGGGAGCUUGGAGGCGCACAUGACUGCUUGAAUUUUCCGCCUUUUGGAUCAGAGUCAAUGCGACAACAGGAUGUCUUGAAGUUGUGGUGGGGCUUGAAGAUCCAUGAAAGGAUGAUUAGUCUUGAAAAUGGAUAUGACAUCAAACCACUCAAUAUCAGCGAGUCCGAAAUCAUGAACAAUGCCCGUCUCGAACUUGAUCUACAAUCUGGAAAGUCACACUUGGAAGUUGAUCCGCAUUAUUUUGCCUACCAUCUUCAAGCUAGAGCUGCUGUUUGGCUAGACUUAGUGUUGAAAGUCGUGCGGGAUCCGGGGUUGAUAACCCCGAUAGGCCGCUCACAGUUUCAAGCGGUUGAUCGGGGACUUUUGAGGUUUCUGACUAUUUUACUUAGUUUGGGUAUGGGAGCAUGUUGUGAAGCCAUUGCAAUCGGAUUAAAUCGACUCAAGAUGAGCAACUCUUUCCACUUUCCCGAGCAUGACAAACUUGAAUCCUCAAAAGCGAUUGAGACUAUGCUCCGUAUACUUUCGGAUUUCUUUGACGAUCAUUUAUUCAAGAAUCCUGGUUUCACUAUGGCACACACCGCUGGACCUGAGGGAAUAUUCCGAGAGACAUUUCCUUAUUUCGUUCAUAUGACAUAUGUUAUUUUGCUACAAAUGCGGGAACAUGGUCGAUUUGAUCGACUACCCUCUUCUUACCCGUCAUCUUUACCGUUGGAAAAGGAAGUCGAGGCUCUCUGGGCUAUUCUGAACUUUUCUGCGGAGCAUUGGCAGAUUGCACGAGACUUCAUAUCCGUGUUUGAAAAGCCCCGAGCAUGA